GAAAUGUGUUACUUGUUCCACCGUGAUAUUAUUUACUUUAUUAUAAUAAUAGCUUUGUGUUUUAUUAUCUUUCCAUGUUUUUAAUAGGAAAUGAUUGGCCAUUUUCUUGCUGAUGUAUAUGUGAUUAAUGGAUUACUUUUGGAAUCCAGAAAAAGACGGGAACAUUUAACAGAUGAAGAUCUGCACAAAAAUAAAGCUAUAUUUGAAAGUUUCACAAAAAGUGGGAACUUUUUGCUUGACAAUACUGAGAUCCAAAGAAGAAAGUCUUUACCACCACCUAAAGUGCGACAGAUAUCAUGGGAAGAGUACAUUAAUUCUAAUGACAAAUAUAUUCAUCUCGGGAGACCUAUGGUGUAUAAAGAAACUAAAAAACAUUUUAAGGCUACUUUGGCCAUGUCUGAAGAUUUCCCAUUGUCUGUAGAAUCACUUUUGAAUGUACUGGAAGUAAUUGCUCCUUUUAAACAUUUCAAGAAAUUAAGAGAUUUUGUAAAAAUGAAGUUACCAGUUGGAUUUCCUGUAAAAAUAGAUAUCCCAAUAUUACCUACUGUGACUGCAUGUAUCACAUUCCAGGAUUUUCAGUUUAAUGUGGAAAUCCCCGAUUCAUAUUUUGAAAUCCCCUCAGAUUAUCAGGAAGACCCUAUGCGUUUUCCAGAUUUAUGAUUAUCGUAUUCACUGUCUUUUCCAGUCUGGUUUGAACUUGCACUAAUGUUAAUGUAAAAGAAUUUUUUCUUUCUUUCAUGAUUUCUCUGUAUUGUUUUUAAGCAGUACCUUUGCCUGAUUGCAGUCAGGUUCUGCUCAGUCUUAAAAAAAAAGAAGAAGAAAUGAUUGUUUUUAAGCAGUAUCUUCGGCUGAUUGCAGUCAGGCUGUGCUCAAUCUUAGGAGAAAGAAAAAAAAAAAAAAAAAAAAAAAAAAGCUCAGAAACAAUCUGUUUUAUAUUUAGGUCAUCCUAUGACUGAAUCACUAAGUCAUUUAACAAGUUUUAAGAAUUUUAUUUUUCAGUGAUGUGGACUACUUGUGAAAUAAAUUGACAGUUUUAAAACUGUAUAUUUUCAGCAAUAGCACAGUCUUUUUUAAGAAUUGCUGAAGCAGUUCUAUGCCAUAUAUCAGCUGUAAAGAGUGAAUGUCACCUGUAAUCAUAUGCUUCCAAUUGAUAUAAAUUUUAUAUGUGUUUGAACCCACCAAGACAACCUGAAUGCUUAUUUUUUCUUGCUGUUGUUUCUAUUCCAGUCCCACCACUUCUAUAGAAUGAAUUGCACCUGCAUAAUAUUCACUUUUAGACAGAGAUCACUUCCAAGUUGUCUAAAGCAAUUGUUGAGUCUAUGUUUUUGUUAGUCAUGUUGUAAUCCCUGUAAUUUGUGUAUAUAGAAUGUGAGAUCACAAAUUGUUUGUUUAAGAUUUGAGUAAAAAAGUGUAUAAUUUUAUAUUUGUGCAAGUUUUUAACUUAAAUGUUGAAGAUUGUUAAGAAAUUCCCUAAUGUGUUGCUUUUAAGUUCCUUAUCUGCACGUUUUGAGCAGAUAUCUAUUAUAGUGUAAAAAUUUUCUGUAGUUUUUAUUACCUCAUUUAAAGGAUAUGUUGAAUAGUGUUAAAGUUUUGAUUGAAAAUAUUUGCUUGAGAUUGUGUUCAAAUGUUGUCUUGCGUUAUAAGUCUUAAGAUUUAAAUAAAGUAUUUUAACUUUUUUUUUAAUAAACCUCUUUUGAUUGUU